AUGCAAAGCGUGAGUGCUCCGCGGGAGCCCACGCAACCAGUUUUAAGCACAACUUCAACUAUAUUAAACAUGAGGGAAAAGGAGAAAUACAUAGAGGAAUUCGACUUUCCCUUCUGCGACGAGUCUUCCAAAUACGAAAAAGUAGCUAAAAUCGGACAAGGAACCUUCGGUGAAGUGUUCAAAGCGCGCGCGAGAAACAGUAGCAAAAAGUUUGUUGCCAUGAAAAAAGUCUUAAUGGACAAUGAAAAAGAGGGUUUCCCGAUCACGGCUCUGCGGGAAAUAAAGAUCUUGCAGCUCUUAAAACACGAAAACGUUGUAAACUUGAUAGAAAUAUGCCGCACGAAGGCUACGGUUCACAAUAAAUACCGUUCCACUUUCUAUUUGGUGUUCGACUUCUGCGAACACGAUCUAGCUGGCCUGCUAUCGAACGUGAAUGUUAAGUUCAGUCUCGGCGAAAUAAAAAAAGUCAUGCAACAAUUACUGAACGGACUUUAUUACAUACACAGCAACAAAAUACUCCACAGAGACAUGAAGGCUGCCAAUGUACUAAUAACAAAGAAUGGAACAUUAAAACUGGCUGACUUUGGACUUGCUCGAGCAUUCAGCGUCGCAAAGUCUGGACAAGCCAAUAAAUAUACUAAUCGUGUUGUUACUUUGUGGUAUAGGCCUCCAGAAUUGCUGUUAGGUGACCGUAACUACGGUCCACCAGUGGACAUGUGGGGAGCCGGAUGUAUCAUGGCUGAAAUGUGGACUCGCUCCCCGAUCAUGCAGGGUCCGACAGAACAGCAGCAGCUGAUAUUAAUAUCGCAGCUGUGCGGUUCCUGUACACCUGAUGUCUGGCCCGGAGUGGAGAACUUGGAUCUUUACAACAAAAUGGAGCUGCCAAAGGGUCAAAAGAGGAAAGUCAAGGAAAGACUGAAACCAUAUGUGAAGGAUCCUUACGGCUGUGACUUAUUGGACAAACUGCUGCAGUUAGAUCCUGCCAAGCGCUAUGACGCGGACACGGCCCUUAACCACGACUUCUUCUGGACGGACCCCAUGCCGUGCGACCUCGGCAACAUGCUCGCGCAGCACACGCAGAGCAUGUUCGAGUACCUCGCCCCCCCGCGGCGCCCCGCCCACCUGCGCCACCACCACCACGCCGCGCCGCCCGCCAAGCCGCCCCUCGACUCCGGCUACCAGGACCGCGUGUUCUGAGCCGCGACCACUUGCCGCCGCCAGCGACACCGGCACAAGCACAACCAGACGCCCCCAGAGCCCCAGUGAGGAUGUAAAGGCGUUUUAUGACUCUGAUGUUGGGAGUUGAGGUCGUUGGGUUUGGUGUUGGGAGACACGUGGCGAGUAGAAAACAUAUUGAGGGGUAAAAGGUUAUUUAGUUUAAGCGACUCGUCAAGUUUGAGCCCCGUGAGCUCAUCUACUAGUUAAGCUUAGGUAGGAAAUUUUUUUUUUACCAAUAACUAAUCUUUGUAAUUUUACUGGUUUACUUUGUACCGGUGGUCGUCUUGUGAGUCCGCGCGGGUAGGUACCACCGCCCUGCCUAUUUCCGCCGUGAAGCAGUAAUGCGUUUCGGUU